UCCCACACAGGAUUCUUGUCUGUGUCUCUGAGACUUCUCUAUAUAAACACAGAUCCAGAACACACUGACCCUCCAGUUCAGAGCAGAAUCUUCUACAAGAAUACAGUGCAUCUCAGGUUCCUUGAAUAUUUAUGGUCUACAGAGAGCUGACAGAUACAAACUAAACAGUUCCUUGAAUUCUAUCAGCUCUGCAAAGUUUUUUUAUUUUUUUCUAAGGAGUGUUUUUGAACGGACUGCAAAAAAAAGGACACAUUUCCAAGCUUGUCACUACCAAAGAGAAAACCUUUAAAUUCUCAAGCCAUUUCUUUGCAUUGUUAUGAACCUAUUAGUAACCACCAUCUCAUUACUGGCAUAGGCAACUGGAAUCAAUGUAUCUGUGUGUUUUCCUUCCAAUCCUCUUCUUCGCUGUUGUCAGUGCUGAACCAAUUCUCUCAGGCCACCCCUAUGUUACAGUUUGGAAUGCCCCCUCUGCCCGAUGUUGGGAAAAGUUUGAAGUGGCCCUUGACCUGGGAGUUUUUGAUAUUGUGAAAAACGAGAAUCAAUCAUUCCAAGGAUCCAAGAUAGUCAUUUUUUAUAGUACCCAACUGGGCCUCUACCCUUACUACGACAAUGCUGGAACUCCAGUCAAUGGGGGCCUGCCCCAAAAUGCCAGCCUGGACGAUCAUUUGGCAAAGGCACGAGUGGAUAUAGAGAUUGCCAUCCCUGACUCAAAUUUCAGUGGACUUGCAGUAAUAGACUGGGAGAACUGGAGGCCUAUGUGGGAACGUAACUGGGAUAAAAUGUCAGUGUAUACUGAGAAUUCAAAAGAACUGGUAAGGCAAAAGCAUCCAGAGUGGCCGGAAGAUAAAGUGCUGGAGAUUGCCAAGAUGGAAUUCGAAAAUGGUGCUAAAAUCUUAAUGCUCUCAACACUGGAACUGGGAUACAAGUUAAGACCUGGAGGAUUUUGGGGCUUUUAUGGGUUCCCGGGCUGCUACAACUAUAACUACAGGAAAUCUGGUCUGAAUUACACAGGUGAAUGCCCCACCAGGGAGGUCGAAAGGAACGACCUGCUGUCUUGGAUGUGGGGAGCAGGCCAAGUCUUAUAUCCAGAUAUAUAUCUGGAGCAAGCACUAAAGAUGUCAGAAUAUGUGGGCAACUACGCAAAGCACAGAAUAAAAGAAGGCAUUCGAGUGGCUCAUUUAGGUCCAGCGGUGGAUCUUCCGAUCUUGCCUUAUGCUCGCAUUGUGUACACUUACAGCAUGGACUUUCUCACUCAGGAGGAUCUGAUUCAGACAAUAGGACAGAGUGCAGCACUGGGCGCUGCUGGAGUUAUCCUCUGGGGAAACGGAGACUACAGUGUGAGCAAGGAGUCCUGUAUGGCUGUGAAAUCCUACAUUGAUGAAACUCUGGGGAGGUACGUGGUGAAUGUGACAACGGGAGCCCACCUGUGUAGUAAUGCUUUGUGUUCGGGAAAUGGACGCUGUUUUCGUAAAGAUAGUUCAAGUCAGGUAUAUCUUCACUUGCAUCCUGAGAGCUUCCGUAUCAAGAAGAACCCUCACGGCUCAGGAUUCCUUGUGCAUGGACAGGACAACAAAGAUGAUGUAAUGUACAUGGCAACUCAUUUCCAAUGUCGCUGCUACCUGGGAUGGAAAGGGCCAUUUUGCUCACAGAAGACAAACACAUGACUCUAAAAUGAAAACGUCCUCUAGUAAAAAUGUACAAGUAUUAUGUUAUUGAAAGAGUCAUUGCCAGAAAUUAUCUGUGCAAAUUCAAACAGCACUUUAAAAACUGCCU